CUGGAAACGGCAAUUUUCCCCACUGGGAGCUGCACACUAGCAGUGUCGUGCCCGCGUUUCGGAGGGACAUUGUAGCGGAGGAGGGGUUCUCGGAGGUCUGGCCUGCACCAGAAUUGUUGAUUUCAUUUGCCGGUGCCGACAAACUCUCUGACGUUAUUUCUUCCGUCUUUCUGUUGCUUCACUUGAUAUACUUCUUUACAACGAUCAAUCGGAUUCACUGAGAAAGAAUAGAACAGAAAAAACAAGAUGGCUGCUUCACAAACUCUGGCAAUGUUCUCGUUGGAGGGGCAGACUGCUCUUGUCACAGGUGGAACGAGGGGUAUUGGACAAGCUGCAGCUGUUGCUCUGGCUGAGUGCGGUGCAGAUGUCAUUUUGAUACAGCGCGACCGAUCAAACACUGCUACGCAACAAGCAAUUGAAGCCCUAGGACGAAAGGCUACUAUCUACACAGCAGAUCUCUCCUCGCAAGCUGACGUCAAGGCACUCACGCCUGCAAUCUUGAAGGAUGGGCAUAAGAUCCGGAUCCUGGUGAACUGUGCUGGUAUCCAGCGGAGACAUCCAUGUGCUGAGUUUCCGGACAACGAUUGGAAUGAGGUCAUCCAAGUCAACCUCACCACAGUCUUCACCCUCUGCCGUGACAUUGGCGCACACAUGCUCUCCCUUGAGCCCUCUUCCACCGGCCGUCGAGGCAGUAUCAUCAACUUCGCAUCCCUCCUAACCUUCCAAGGUGGACUUACCGUCCCAGCAUACGCCGCAUCCAAAGGAGCUGUAGCACAACUCACCAAGUCCCUUGCCAAUGAAUGGUCCUCGAAAGGUGUCACGGUCAAUGCUAUUGCCCCGGGAUACAUCGCUACGGAGAUGAACACCGCGUUAUUGGCAGAUGCGAAUCGCUUGAAGAGUAUUAGUGAGAGAAUUCCGGCGGGUAGAUGGGGCGUACCAGAGGAUUUCAAGGGGAGCGUGGUUUAUUUGGCAAGUGGUGCUAGUAGUUAUGUGAGUGGACAUGUUUUGGUUGUUGAUGGUGGAUGGAUGGGAAGGUAGGGAGGGGGUUUGUUGUAGAUUUUCGGGGCAGUCGUAUGAUCUGCUAAGGACGUUUAAAGACUUCAUAUAAUAGCCGCUGAAAAGCAAUUGUGCUUCUGGCUGCCUACAAUUGAGUUCGCCUGGGCCAUUUCUGCCAAACUUGCUAUUUCGUUGC